AUGGAUUCACGAGUUCACACUGGGGAGCAGUCAUUCACCUGUUCAUACUGCGGUAAGGGAUUUACUUGCUCAUCUAAACUGGAGGUACACCAGCGAGUUCACACUGGGGAGAGGCCGUUCACCUGCUCAGUCUGUGGGAAGAGAUUCACUCAGUCAUCCACCCUACAGAGUCAUCAGCGAGUUCACACCGGGGAGAAGCCAUUCACCUGCUCAGUCUGUGGGAAGGGAUUCACUCAGUCAUCUACCCUACAGAGACACCAGCAAGUUCACACUAGGGAGAAGGGGUUCACCUGCUCAGAAUGCGGGAAGAGAUUCACUCGGUCAUCUGACCUACUGGUACACAUGUCAGUUCACACAGGGGAGUGGCCAUUCACCUGCUCAGUCUGUGAGAAGAGAUUCACUCACUCUUCCACCCUACAGAGACACCAUCGAGUUCACACUGGGGAGAAGCCGUUCAGCUGCUCAGUUUGUGGGAAGAGAUUCACUCAGUCAUCCAACCUACAGAGUCAUCAGCGAAUUCACACCGGGGAGAGGCCGUUCACCUGCUCAGUCUGUGUGAAGAAAUUCACUCAGUUAUCCAACCUACUAAGUCAUCAGCGAGCUCACACUGGGGAGAACCCAUUCACCUGCCCAGACUGUGGGAAGGGAUUCACUUUGUCAUCCAACCUACAGGGUCAUCAGCGAGUUCACACUGCGGUGAAGUUAUUCACCUGCUCAGACUGUGGGAAGAGAUUCACUUGCUCCUCUAAACUGAAGGUACAUCAGCGAGUUCACACUGGGGAGAGGCCAUUCACUUGCUCAGACUGUGGGAAGGGAUUCACUCAGUCAUCCCAACUGAAGGUACAUCAGCGAGUUCACACUGGAGAGAGGCCUUUCACCUGCUCAGUCUGUGGGAAGGGAUUCACUCAGUUAUCCAACCUACAGAGUCAUCAGCGAAUUCACACUGGGAAGAAGCCAUUCUCCUGCUCAGAACGUGGUGUUAUGAAUCCCUAGGUUUUGUUUGCUGUGGACUGUCAUUUUAAGAGAGAGAGAGAGAGAUUAAGGAGACAGAUCUGUCUGUUUUGCUCACAGCUUGU